CUGUGGUACAUCUGGAUAAUGAAUCAUCAUCUUGCUCUCGUAGGAGCGUUGCUCCUGGUAAGCGGAAAUCUGGCAGCAGGUACUCUUACCGCAACAGUUUCCGGAAAGGUCACGGAAUCGCUGGCUAAGUUCAAUGAUGCAUUGAACACAAUCAACGCUACGGUUACCACCGCCAAUUCUAACAUGGCAUCAGCGUGGAUGAAUUGGUUUGACACACAGAUAGCCCAAUAUACGAGCUUGAUCGAUCGGUUCCAACAGUAUCCCAUGCUCGAUCUUAAUGCGAUAAACUCCGCUCGGAAUGAUUUGUAUUUCGAACGGAACUAUUCCGAACCGGCCAAGCUGGAAGACGAUCAUUACUUAACUUACAUGCUGAUUCCAAACGCAAAUCUAGCGGCCAGUCAGAUUGGCGAUAUCCUUAAUGCUGCGGCGGCUGACAUGAGUGCUCAAACUACUCCCACCAAUAACUGUCUAAACCAAUACGGUGCGUUGCUGACAACCAGUCCAAUUACAAUUGAUCGUGUCACAGAUUGCAUUCUGGGCGCAAACGAGAAAAUACCCAGAAUUGAGGGAAAUGUCAUAGUGCAUAUAAACGCCGAUAUCACUUUGGCACCUCCCACUUUUAAUCUGCUGAAUAUCUGCAAUAUCCCUGAACCAACAGACACUAGUUCAUCGAAUAUUUGCCUUACUCAGUACAUCAGCAGAAUUAGCCAAAUGAAAUCCUAUCGAUUGAGGUCCAGCAUUGACACGGUGCGCUAUCAACAGUCUGCGAUGAUUUUCUCCACCGCAGAUCGAUGUGUCAAACUUGUACAGAACGAUAUCCAAGAUACUGUGGAUCGAGUGAAGGCAGACUUUGCAAACUGCCUUUCUAGCAGCGCGUAGGGA